UUUUCUUCUCCAGUCCUGAUGAAGGGUCUCGGCCAGAAACGUCAGCUGUCCUCUUUUCCAUAGAUGCUGCCUGACCUGCUGAGUUCCCCCAGCAUUUUGUGUGUGUUGCUUGGAUUUAGAGGGCUGUAAAAAGCUAGAGUCAUGCUGGGACAGUCAGCUAAGGUGGAACGCGUCUGACAAUCCAUUCCUCUCACUUCUCUACUGGCACAUUUGCUAACUACACCACGUGUUAUAUCCAUGCUUUAAAGACGCGUUACAAAAAUUCCAAAACCGCACAUGUCCCGUUUCCCCAAAUACCAAGGCACAGGAAUGCCCCAACAUCCCAUCAGCUUCGUGCGAGAGCUCAGUAACCCACAGGAUUGAUUGCAUCUUUGGGUGGGGGUUAGGUUUUCCAUUCUGAUGGAGUUGAUUUUAUUUGUCGAAUCCUUUCCCCAAUAGCGGAAAGGAAGAGUCAGUGGCACCUGCUCUCUUCUCCCGUCCGGCUGCGGCUGGAAUUGGGUGAAGCUUCGCUCUUGUUCGAUACUGCCAUGCCCCCUGGCUCUGAUUCCGGGGAAGAUUUGCGCUUUUGAGAACUGCGUGCGCUCUCGAGUGCGAGAAGCUAACCUGUGGGCGCCCUCCACCUGUCUCUGACGAUUGCUGGUUGAUUUCUGUUGGUUAGCUUCAGCCUGCGUUUAAUGUUCACUUCCAUGCGAUGACAUUAAACUCAAAAGUCCCGGCGUCAUAAUAGGACAAUGUCUGGCCCUUCACACGCCGCUCAAACGCUGACCGAACUCCAAGUUCCCAUGGGGACGCGUUUUCUCCGGGUUAGCUUUCCUUCAGCUGAGACUAUUCCAUUGCUCCCCUGCUAGCGAAGAGAAGCCACUCGUUCUCCCAUUCGGGCCCGGAACAGAAUGCAACGGCUGCCGCACUUAGGAGCGGGACAUACCCAUAGCAUCAUUAUUGUGAACUCAAGCGGUCUGCCUCACCAUCCCGGCACCCUGGCGCCUGGGACAGCCGGCAUACACCAACAACAAUCUUCAGCAUUUGAGGUGUCCAGCUCACACCAGCAUCCAGACCUGACAAUAAGGACGGGCUUUCUGCAUUACGACCCACGCCAACAAGUGAGGCGAUCUCUCCCAAUUCGCCAGUCAAAUCGACCAAUGGUCACGUCCGUCCUGCACUACCACACUCUCCCUGCAACCGCUCAAGGGCCACUUUUGCAGCCAGUUGGUUAUUUAUAUGAUCUGGAAGAAAUGAAUAGAGUGGAUCAGCCCAUUUCUAGAGUGGAAGUGCCCCUGUAUUCCAGUCCAGUGCCCUUCACUCUUCAGAACAUGACAGCACAGAAUCCUCAGACGCCUGAUGUACAUUUUUCCCCAUAUGUCCUGCUUCUACCACACGAGGAGUGCAUUCACUUCCAGCAGCCUCAUGCCGCUCCCUAUGAAGACAGUCAAACACUCUACACCACUCUGCCAAUUCAAGUACAGAAUGUAGUUUACACUCCAAGGCCCAGCACGUCCUCCAGCAGCCAACCUAACCAACCACAGACAUCCAUGCCACCCCAGGGCAGUGCAAAUACACAUUGUGCAUCCUUAAAAAAUGUGCAAAAGUAUGACUGUAAGCAGAAACAACAGUGGGAGUCUAAAGAAGUUCAGAUCAUACAGGGAUUUCAACCUGAGGCCAGCAAACAGCAGCGUCACAAUAUUGUUUCAAUGCAAUAUGACUCUGAUACUGCCCCUGAGACAAAGGCACUUGCUUCCGAUACUACUACAGACGCAGUUCUGAACUCCAUGCCAUGCACUGGCAAUCAGUUACAAGAGGGAGGCAAACCACAUCGAGCUGGUCUUUACCCAGCUCAAAGCUCCAGCCAAGAAAUUAAGGCAGGCUGUGAAAAACGUGAUCGCAUUCAACCAGUUGACCAAAAGAAGGAGUAUAAGAAGUUAAUGAUGCUGACAUUUGAAGAUGCAGUGAUGAUGUUUGAUUUUGAACUCUUUGACAGCCUGAAGUUGAAUGGUCAGAUUACGGAGCAGGAUCAAGGUUUUCUCAUGCAAAACAAGGUGAGGAAAGAGAACAAUCAGAAAAUUGUAAGCAAAAGGACGCAUGAGGACCAGUUGUCAAAGGAAGGAAAGUCUGGCCUCUCAGACGUAGAAGCAGAACAUGGCCCAGGUAUUAAGCUGACACUGUCUUCACUUGGUGCUGAAACAUCCAGUAUUCCUCAUGGAUUCACCAGCGACCACUCCUUUUACGAUCUGAAGCCUGAGCAGGUUAACUUGCAGACACUGUUGGAACUGGAGGACAUCUCAGCUGAUGAGAGCUGUUGGGAAUCACUGAGUCACAAAGAUCAAACACAGGAGCAGCACCGUUCACCAGGUGUGGACAUACUUCCAGUGCCUGGCAGUGCAACAAACAGGAAAAGGAAAAAUCAAUUUCAGGAUCUUGAAUCCCAAGGGACUGAGAUAGAGCAAGAGCAGUUUGCUGGCUUGUUGCACUGA